CCGGAAGUGAGGGCGCUUCCGUUCCGGUUUUGCUGUCUCCUGGGUGAACUGGGCUGGGGCAGCGGUUCAGUCGGUGUGUCGGUGGGUCCGUGGGCUGUUCAGAACAGUCAAGCCUGAGGCAAUGGUGUGCAUUCCUUGUAUCGUCAUUCCUGUCCUUCUUUGGGUCUACAAAAAAUUCCUGGAGCCAUAUGUAUAUCAUCUAAUCUCACCUUUUGUUAGUCGUCUGUGGCCUAAAAAAGGUCUAAAAGAGAGCUCUAUCGAGAAACAAAACAAAGGAGACUAUAAGAUUGCAGACAUGAAUGGAAUCUCUACACCAGAACCUACAGAAAGCUGCAACAAAAAGAUAGAUUAAAGCAAUUUGUCCAAAGGAUGUCUUUGCUUUAAAAAUGGAACUGAUGAUAUGCAGCAACUACUCUGAUAUUGUGUUUCACACUUUUCUCUGAGACCAGAUAUGGGGUAGAUAUUUUAGAGAUCUCCCUAAUAUACAUAGUAUUUCUAUUUAAAUGUUUAAAUUAUAUUUAAUUACCUCAUUCCUGUUCUUUUUCCUAACUGAAAUAGUUUUCAUCUCUAUUAUUGCAGAUAACCUAAAGUUUCUAUUUUAGGUUAACUUGUUUUAACAAUACAAAUAAAUAGAAGUUCACUUUAAUAAUACUUUGCACUUCUCUUUCAGUAUUUAUAAAUCCUCAAACUCCUCACAUUCAUGUGAAUUUAACCACAACCCUAUCCUACCACUUCCUUUAGCUUCAAUAGGAUUCUCUUGAAAUAUAGUUUGAAGUUUUAUCAGAUGAUUAAAGGUUUUACUAUGAAACUGCA